AAAAAUAUUAGUUCGCAUUUUGAGGCACACCUUCGAUUUUCUAAAGUUGUGCAAGGUCCUCCAGGUCCUCGUGGAUUGCCUGGCCCUGGAGGUGAAAAAGGAGAGAGAGGGGAAAUUGGACUUCCUGGAUUGCCUGGACAGCCUGCACCUCCCUCAUUUCCAACAGUUUUUACUGGUCCAAAUGCUAAUACUAAACAAGGCGCUAGAGGGCCGCCGGGACUUCCCGGUCCUCCUGGCCUUCCAGGCCCUACAGGUAAAACAGGCCCUCAAGGCACUAUUGGUCUGCCAGGGUCUCCUGGUCCUAUGGGCUUGCGAGGACCGCCUGGAAUUGUUGGCUCUCCCGUAAGGAUUUUUUGUGUUAAAUUUUCCUCUUUUUUUGUUCUUUCUUCUCUUUUCUUCUCUUUUCUUUCUUUUUUAAAUGAUUUAAAUUUAUGAAGAAAAAAUUUAAAAAAAUAUAUAAAUUACUUAAAAACUUUUUAGGGAAUUCCAGGUUCCAAAGGCGAUGUAGGCCCAAUGGGUUUACCUGGAAUGACUGGUGCAAAGGGAGAUCGUGGACCUAAAGGAGAUCAGGGUUUGCCAGGACUUGACGCUCCUUGUCCACCUGGUCCAGAUGGACGUCCAUUGCCUUAUUGUGGAGAUCCAGCCCCAUUGACAGAGGCAAACAGCCUUCUCCUUUCAUUAAAUGGACGUAAUGGGAAUGGGGUUGUUGCCGAUAAUGAUGAUCCUUAA